CCUCCCGCGCCCCAGCGUCGGCAGCUUUUGCUCACCUCGGCCCCGGACAGGAAGGGAUGCGAGGGCCCAGUGAUGGUCAGGUAAUUGUCGUUUCCUCCAGGAAACUGUAAACCAAAAAAAGCCACGGGGAUAAGUGAGGGGAGCAGGGGUGCGCUGAAACCCCGGCGACCCCCAGCACUCCCGAGCCCCCCUCGCUCCUCCCUGGCCCGGCUUCCAGCUUCGGCUUCCACCGAGUCGGCCGCGCUGCUCGCCAACCCUCCAGACCCAGCGCCUACCUCCAUCUUCACGGCACCCCUACCAGCCCCACAGCAUCCGCAUCGCUCCCACCGGCCCCACUGGGUUCCGAACGCGUCACUUCCUCAAGGAGGAGCGUCGCUCUCCGCUGAUUGGACGGAGUCCUGGCCGAACGAGUCGCGAUCCGAGCUGCCCGAAGGCUCGCUGUCGCCCCCUGGAGCUUGGUGGGAUGAUGGCAUGUAGAAGAGCGCGGGGCGGCCCUAGAGGCAGCGUCGGGUACUCAGGAUCCAGCGAGAAUUUCUGGGGAGAGCAAUAGAGACGCGGCCUGAGCUAGAAGGGCUGGAGCGGAGGCAAAUAAGGAGAUCGGUAGUUUGGGUGGCUAGAGAGGUCGGAGGUACGUGGCUGUAGAAAUCAAGCGGACCCGGAACACAGACGCCUCGGGACCAUGACUUAUGCUUAUCUCUUCAAGUACAUCAUCAUCGGAGACACAGUGCACACCGUCCUUUUUCAGGUGUGGGGAAGUCAUGUCUCCUCCUGCAGUUCACCGACAAGCGGUUCCAGCCUGUGCACGACCUCACAAUAGGUGUGGAGUUUGGAGCCCGAAUGGUCAACAUUGAUGGAAAACAAAUCAAACUGCAAAUCUGGGAUACGGGUGGCAUGUGAGCAAGUCACUUUCUCUGGAAAUAACCUAGUUUUACUGGGAUUUUUUGUUGCCAUGUUGAUGGUAAAGGCUGGGCAAGAGUCCUUCCGUUCUAUCACCCGUUCCUACUACAGGGGAGCAGCUGGAGCACUGCUGGUGUAUGACAUCACAAGACGUGAAACCUUCAACCACCUGACCUCAUGGUUAGAGGAUGCCCGCCAGCACUCGAGCUCGAACAUGGUGAUAAUGCUGAUUGGAAAUAAGAGUGAUCUAGAAUCCCGAAGGGAUGUGAAAAGAGAGGAAGGAGAGGCCUUUGCUCGGGAGCAUGGCCUUAUAUUCAUGGAAACGUCAGCCAAGACAGCCUGCAAUGUUGAAGAGGCCUUCAUUAACACAGCCAAAGAAAUAUAUAGGAAGAUCCAGCAGGGUUUAUUUGAUGUCCACAAUGAGGCAAAUGGCAUCAAGAUUGGGCCCCAACAGACAAUUCCAGUAUCAGCGGGACCAAAUUCUUCUCCACGGAACUCUUGUGACGUAGGGUCUGAUUCUGGCUGCUGCUGAACAUCUGGCCCGAACUCUUUUUUUUUUCUCCCCCUCCUGGAACAGCUUCAGAUCAUUCAGCUUAAAGAAAGAUCUUUCUUGCUUUGGCUGAGAACAGCCUCUUUUCAAUGUGAUGUUUCACCCUUCACUUAAAACACCAGGAGACAGUCGGGCCCUUCCUAACCUGUCCUCCAUUAGGGACAUGAAUAUUCCAUAUAGAUCACGGCUCCUUUCAUCCUCUGGUGUUAGGAUCAAAGUUGAUUGUCACAGUAGUUAAAGAAAUAAACAACUUACUAAAUACCUA